AUGCUCGACGCCCUGCCAGAUGACGUCCUGCUUCUCAUCAUCGUCCACCUUGAGACUGCAAAGGACAUCCGAGCCCUUCUGCUAGCCAACAGGCGUCUCGGAUCCCUCGUUCGCGCAGACCAUGAUGGCGGGUGGCGAGCCUUCGUCCGCUCCCGUUUCCCAUCCACACCCAUCCCUUUUGUGCCCUCAUCGAGCUCUUCCACCUACCCGAAAUGGGGUGAGAUAGCCAGCUCGCUGACGUGGCAGUCCCGUGCCUGGGAUCGCCGAUCGGUAUCCUUCCAGGCUAUGCUACCAGAGGCCAAUCUUAACCAGCGACGAGGCCAGCGGCGCCGUCAGGGGACACCGUAUCACCCUGUCCUGGACGCCCACUUUGACUUUGCGUCAAAAGAGGAGCUAGUCGUGUGGGGUGCUGGCGAGAACUUUGUUGCUAGGAGGCGAAGAUUAGGGCGAGAGAGUACCUAUCCGGAGAAGGUCGUUUGGCAUCGACUGGAUGGGAAGGACCUGGGUUACUCGGCUGGCCCUGAUGACAUCAAGGCCGUCUCAGUUGUGGAUGGUCUCGGCAACAGCUUGGGGGCGCUUGUGGGCCGAGACAAUGGCCAUAUGUCCCUGCUGGAUCUGAGUGAGGAGGGCUUUGGCGAGAAAUUGGCAGAUUUCAGCCCCGAGUAUGCCACCGUUGACGAGACUGGAGACGUCGAUCCAACAACAAGGUUUAACCAGGGCACCAUCAACUCGAUCGAUGUGCUUGCUCGGAAGAGACUCGUCGCUGCGGCUACCAAGGCAGGGGUACAAUUAUAUCAUCUACCCGACGAAUCUGGUGUCAAUGUUCAGCCCUCUGCCUAUCUGGAUCUCAUGACCCAUCAUUUCGAUUACCCAAACACGACCCUGGGAUACUCGCGAUGGAUGGGCGAGGACAAGAUGGCCUUCGCUCUGAGAGGUUGUCCGUAUCAGCUCAGACACGCUACAAUCACGCCAACCGGAAUCGAGACCUUGUCGCCGUACAAGAACGCUGCGUUGGAGGACCAAUUCGAUAUCAGCUAUGAUAAGGGCAGACUGUGCACCCACUCCUUGACACCGAUCGACGCAUCGUCCGUCACCGGCGGAAACUCAAGCCUGCUCUUGACCGCCUGGCGCGACGGAUCGGUGAGACUGCAGGAUAUCCGCACGCAAUCGCCUUUCGAUCUCGUCUAUUGCGACAACAUCGACCCCUGGUCCGAAUUCGAAUCCCUCCUUCCCUUCGGAACCAGCCACUUUGUCGCCGGCGGCGCUCACGGUGCAUCGAUCAAGGUCUUCGACCUCCGCUGGUCUCGGGACUACUACCACACCGCGGCGAUGCCCUGCAGCCCCGAUCAGCCUUUCCCGAAGCCCAUCCAGCCGUUCCUCGAACCGCCCAGCCCCAGGACUACACCCCGCAAAUACUGCAAUGCUCUCCUCCCAGGCAGCCGGUGUAGCUGGCACGAGCAGUCGCGAGACCUGUAUUACCGCCCCAACGGCACAUUCUUCUUCUCCAAAUCUCUCCCCCGCAAGGACGCCUACGCGGGCGUAUGGAGCAUGGCCCGGUCGUCCUCCCUGGCGCCGAACUUCUACAUCGGCAUCUCGGGCGGCGUCGUGGAAGCCAGCCUCUCGUCGACGCCAUCAGACGCCGGCCGCCGCGACGCAGAAGUCGACCCUGUCUUCGGCUGGGCGGCGGGGCAGGAGGACACCGGCGCCGGCUACUCGACCGUGCCGCUGGAGGCGAGCCUGAUGGAGACGGGUGACGGCCUGUUGUACACGGAGAACGACCGGACCGUGAGGAUGCCGCCGAUGAGGGGCAAGGGGUGGAACAAGCUCAGGAGGGACGAGUAUGAGGACAUACCUCGGGAGCUGAGGGCGAGGCACCGGCUGGAUGAGCGAUAUCAGAUCAUGAGUGAUUUUGUUGAAGACGUUGAGUUGCGGCGGGCAAAGGAGAGGUGGUGA